AUGGCUACACCUCAAAAGACAUCGUUGCCUAUUGACAAUAAUUUAACGAUUCAACAUCUUGUUAAUCAACAUAACGAACCGCAUACAACUCAUUACGAUCGUACUGAAGCCACGAUUCAUCACAAUGAACAAACGACAAACGUGUUAUCUAAACGCAAAUUAGAAGAUCAAACUGAACAUACCAACGAUCAACAAUCUCCAUUUAAAACUACAUUGACUCCAAUAUUUUCUACGUCAGACUCCCAUUUAGACGUUCCAUUUUGGAAAAAGAUUAUGUCAAAUCGUCCAUUUUUUGAACCUAAAGAAAUUGGAAAUUUUUCACUAUUAAAUCGUGGUGAUACCAAAGAAUGUUUUGAAGAUGAUCGUUAUUUACGAAAAUAUAUUUAUCCGUUGAAAACAGUCGAUGUAAAAUUUGAUUGUACAGUUGGUGAGAGUACGUUUGAAUUACAAGGACAAAACAAAAAUAUAGAUAGUCUGUUAUGGUGGCUUUUGAGACACAAAAAUGAAUAUUAUCAAAAUGGAAGAUUCACGUUUGAUUUUCUAUCUUGGCGUGGCGUCUUACGUUUAAUUAUGUUUACAUUAUUUGAAAAACUAUCCGAUUAUUUACUUGCCAUUGUCAGAUAUAAGAACAGCUAUUUUCUGUGUGAAUUUUCUACCGAUCUUCAGGUGAAACAAGAGAGCGAUAUGACGGCAAAACAUCGUUCAUACUGUUAUUGGGGUCAUAAGUUUGAAGAUUAUGUAACAAAGGAAAUUAUUGAAAGCUCACCCAGUCCAAUGAAACAAUACACAGGUGUUUUUUACUCGGUACUUGAUUGUUAUCGUCUGUUGUAUGCUGCUGAAAUGGACUGUGUAAUUGAAAACAAAUCAAACAAUGAUAAGAACAAAGUUGUUCAAGAACAUGUAGAAUUGAAAAUUUGCUCGGGAAAUUCACUUGCCGAUUUACCAUUCAAUUAUAAUCGAAAGUAUGCAAAAUGGUGGUUACAAUCAUAUCUUGCAGGUAUCAAAACAAUGAUUAUUGGUUUGCGUGAUGAUAAUGGUUUUGUAAAUAAAAUUGCACCAUUAGAAAUAUCCAAAAUGGAAAAUGCAACGGUAAAAAUAUACU